ACCAUCGAGUUAAUCAAUUUCGAAAAACUUCCCGCGGGUGCUAAUGGUAUCAUUGCUGUUAUGUCUUACAGUGGCUAUGAUAUUGAGGAUGCUUUAGUACUCAACAAAGCAUCUCUAGACAGAGAUCAAGAGGGAAUAGUUUUUGCUGGUGCUCGUAUCUAUUCAAAACAAACAAUGAUCAACAAACAUAUGCCUGUUAUAUCUCAAGAAAGUUCUUCACCAACUACACAACCCACAACACCUGGAUCCCGUUCAAUUGAGUACAAGGAUGUUUCCAUAACUUAUAAGAAUCCUCUACCGUCAUAUGCUGAAAGAGUACUUCUAACAUAUAAUGAUGAGGAAGCACAUCUUAUAAAGAUUCUCCUCAGGCAAACAAGGUAUCAAAAAUAUUGUAAUUAUGCAGUAUGAGU